UUUUCCUCUUUCAGACGUUGGCUUGAUCCCUGCCCCAUGGCUAUUGAUUGCCACCACGCACCCACGCACAUGGAGAACCCACUCCCGCAGCAACAGUAGAUAAUUUAGCGUUUUCCCACUCUCCCUCCCAUGCCUUGCUUGUGCUUGUCUAGGUUCGGUCUACUCCAAAUCUCUUCAAUGGUCACUCUUCCCCAGAUUCAAUUCCUUUCUUUUUAAAUCCCCUCACAUUCCCACGCCUCGUAUCGCGUGUCACUCUCUUUUUCCUCUCUCACCUCCUCUCUCACCCCCCUCUACAACACUGUUGCUGUUGUAGUUGUCUUAUCCUCCCUCCCUCCCGAUUAUGUCUAAACACGACUCGGCCAGCACAAGCACUGGAGUCAUGGACCCCGUCGCAGAGCAGAAGCCUCGUCGAGGCUCAAAGGCCUCGCUCGGAAACACUGAGGGUGCUGAUCAGCUCCUCGAGAACCUCGGCUACAAGGCUGAGCUGUCGCGUAACCGCUCUACCUUCCAGGUCGCCUUCAUGUCCUUCGUCCUCGCAUCCAUUCCCUACGGUCUCGCUACGACCCUGGUUUAUCCUCUGAUUGGAGGCGGUCCCGUCAACGUCAUCUGGGGCUGGCUCGCCGUCUCCCUCAUCAUUGUCUGUGUUGCUUGCUCUCUCGGUGAAAUCACCAGUGUCUAUCCUACCGCUGGAGGUAAAAACAGAUUCCUCCCAUUUGCUCGCGUCCCACUGUGAAAAAAAGCAUGUAACUGAUCGCGUGAUACUACAGGUGUUUACUACCAGGCCUUUAUGCUUUCUCCUCCUCGAUGGCGUCGCAUUGCUAGCUGGAUUUGUGGCUGGCUCUAUAUCGUUGGAAACAUCACCAUCACUCUCGCCGUGAACUUCGGUACCGCCCUCUUCAUCGUCGGCUGUGUCAAUGUCUUCGAGAAGAGCCCUGGCGUUGGUGUCAUGUCUGGAGAGCCUUACCAGGUCUUCCUUGUCUUCCUUGGCCUGACUCUCCUGUGCAAUGCUGUCUCUGCGCUCGGUAACAAGUGGCUUCCCUGGAUUGAUACCGCCGCUAUCUUCUGGACCUUCGCUGGUCUCAUCGCUAUCAUUGCCACUAUCCUUGCUAUUGCUAAGAACGGACGUCGUGAUGCCAACUGGGUCUUCACACACUUCGAGGACAACUCCGGCUGGCCCAAGGGAUGGUCUUUCUGCGUCGGUCUCCUCCACGCUGCUUAUGCUACUUCUUCUACUGGAAUGAUUAUCUCCAUGUGCGAGGAGGUUCAGAACCCUCAGGUCCAGGUCCCCAAGGCCAUGGUCGCUACCAUCUUCAUCAACACCUUCGCCGGUCUUCUCUUCCUCAUCCCUCUCAUGUUCGUCAUGCCCGAGAUCCAGGACGUCAUCGUCUCCGCCCAGCCCGUGCCUCUCAUCAUCAAGAGCGCUGUUGGCAGCUCCGGCGGUGCCUUCGGUCUUCUCAUUCCUCUCAUCGUUCUCGCCAUUAUUUGCGGUAUUGGCUGCACAACUGCCAGUUCUCGAUGCGCUUGGGCUUUCGCUCGUGAUGGUGCCAUUCCCGGUGCCAGGAUGUGGUCCAAGGUCAACACCUCUCUCGAUGUUCCCCUGAAUGCUAUGAUGCUUUGCAUGGUUAUUGAGAUCAUCCUCGGUGUUAUCUACUUCGGAUCCUCCGCCGCUUUCAACGCUUUCUCCGGUGUCGGUGUCAUUUGCUUGACUGCUUCUUACGCCACUCCUAUUGCUAUCAGUCUUGCUACUGGUCGCAAGCAGGUCAAGACUGGCCAGUUCUACCUCGGAAAGUUUGGUGCUGUCGCCAACUGGAUCGCUCUCGCCUGGUCUCUGUUGGCUAUGCCCCUCUUCUGCAUGCCCUCCGCCAUCCCCGUUACCGCCGAAACCGUCAACUACGCCCCCGUCGUCUUCGUCUUUGCUUGCAUGGUUUCUGGUAUCUGGUACUGGGUCUGGGGUCACAAGAACUAUGCUGGUCCUCCUACCCACGAGGACUAAGCUGUUGAAGCAAGCAGGAUCUAGAUGCUUGACAGUGCAGUGCGCUUCGCUUCGUUUGACAUUUCAUAUCAAUAUCAGUCAGUAUAUAUGUGCGACAGUUUAAUUCGUGCCUAUGCUUGCCAGCGCGAUGUGCUUGAUACCCCGCCCGGCCUGUACUCAAGGCCUGUGAUGCUCUUGGUAUUAGCUAGAAGAUAUCCAUAAUUCAAUAUUGUUAAGCUUCAACGUGAUUGUCUC